AUGCACCUUCGCUUGGCUUUCACGCUUGCCCUGGCUACGGCCAUGGUGCUUCCUUCGCUUAAUGGCUUCGACUUGGAGGCCGUCUUUGGCGAAAGUGCUCUUCUUUCCCAUGACAACCGUGAUGUUCAGGAGAACAACAAGGCCUCCUCGUCCAGAUCCUCUCCAGCGCCUUUGGUUCAAGUGGCAAACGCCGUGCCCAAUAGGUAUAUUGUGGUGUUCAACGACGACGUGUCUCAAGAGGAGAUCGCCUCCCACACAAGCUGGGUGUCGAGCCUUGUUUUGCUGGAGCAGGCUGGAAUAUCUGAUGAUGAGAAGAAGAACAGAACACCUUCGCUUUUCACCUUGCCUUCAAUUGCUGGGUACCUGGUCUGGUUUACCCUGAAGCUGUUGAACGAGGUUCAGAACAACCCCGUGGUAAAGUACGUGGAGGAAGACGGUCAGAUUGACCUCUACGGUGCGAGUGUUCAAGACGGUGCCACCUGGGGUAUCUCCAGACUUUCGUCUCGUGAGAAUGACGGCCAGAACAACCUCUAUAUCCACGACCCAUCUGGCGGCAACGGUGUCACUGCCUACGUCAUCGAUACUGGUGUGAAAGUCGCCGACGAUGAUUUCGAGGAUCGUGCCACCUACGGCCUGGCGGUCGCUUUCCCCUAUUUGAAGGUCGACCUCCAUGGCCAUGGCUCGCAUGUGGCGGGUACCAUUGGGUCCAGAACCUGGGGUGUUGCCAAACUGGUUGAAAUCGUCGCUGUGGGCGUUAUGGGACCCUUGGGCACAGGUUUGACUUCCGAUAUAAUCAAGGGUCUCGAAUUUGCAGUCCAGGACCACCAGGAGAAGGUCAAGAGCAAGAAAAAGGGCUUCAAGGGCUCCACAGUCAACAUGUCCAUCGGUGGAGGCGCCUCCGACGCCUUGGAUGCUGCUGUGAAUGCUGCUACUAAUGCUGGUUUGCACGUCGUCGUCGCCGCUGGAAAUGAUAAUAAAGACGCCUGUGAGUACUCCCCUGCAAGGGCUAGCGGGCCAAUCACUGUGGGCGCAACUGACAGCGGCGACAACAAGGCCGACUUCUCUAACUUUGGUAAGUGUGUGGAUAUUCAUGCUCCCGGUGUGGACAUUGAGUCCAUUGGUCUUCUCACCAGCCCAACGACCAUGUCUGGUACCUCUAUGGCUUCGCCACACAUCACCGGCUUGGUGUCGUACUUCUUGUCUUUGCAGCCGGGCUUAGGCUCUGAAUUCAACGCCAACCUCAUUAAGCCUUCCGAUUUCAAGAGCAAGCUCAUCAAGUACGGUACUCAGAACAUCAUCAAGGGUCUUCCAAAGGACACGGUCAACGUGCUUGCUUACAAUGGUGGUGAGAACACGACCGAAAUCUGGCAACAAUGA